AUGAAGAAAUUUUUAUUGCUUCUUUGGAUAGGACUAUUUAAUGCGACAGCCUUGAAACGGACAUUUGAAGGCUAUGAAGUGUACAAAAUAAUACCGAAAACAGAGAAUGAUGUACGUUUCAUAAAAGAUUUGCAAAGGAAUCGGAUUGGUGAAUUAUGGGAGGAUCAAGUCCAAGUGAAUUAUGAGGCUAGGGUAAUGGUCCCACCACAAAACCUCCAUAUGUUCCUAGAACGAGUGAAUGCCGCCAAUGUUUACGCUCAUCGUUUAAUAAGCGAUUUACAAAGUGUCGUGGAUGAUCAGCUCCUGCCUAAAGAUUUAGAUCUAAGAAUCAGAGGUGAAAACAUUUCCUUCUUUUCGAUGACUUGGGACCGUUAUCACGACUUAACAGAGAUCAAUAAUUGGUUAGAUGAAGUGGCAGCAAACUACCCGAGCUUUGUAAAAAUCGUGAAUAUCGGAAGAACAUUUGAGAACAGGGAAAUUAAGGGAAUCGUCAUUAAUUACAAACCAAAUAGAGAGAAUAAACUUAUUGGCAUGUUGGAAGGUACUCUGCAUGCGAGGGAGUGGAUUUCGCCAGCGGUUGUUAACUGGAUAAUUAAGGAAUUCCUGACGAGUAGAGAUCCUGUUGUUAGGAGUAUAGCUGAGAAUAUUGAGUGGCACAUUUUUCCGGUUGUUAAUCCCGAUGGAUAUGUUUACACAUUUACAACUAACAGAAUGUGGAGGAAGAAUAGAAACACACUCAAUUUCACAUCAUGCGCUACUUCCGGCGUGGACGACGACAUGAGUAACGGAGUUGAUUUAAAUAGAAACUUUGACUUUGCUUGGAUGACUGUUGGCGUGUCCACCGAUCCUUGUACGAAUAUAUUCCCAGGAUCCUCACCAGCAUCAGAGUUAGAAACACAGGCGAUAGUCAACUAUGUCCGAAGCAUACAAAACCAAGGGCGUUUCAUCUACUACUACUCUUUCCAUUCAUUUUCCCAGCUUAUCAUUGUCCCUUAUAGUAACGUUACUGCCGCGGAUGUUCUUCAAGUUGGAAAUUAUGGCGAUAUGUAUGAAAUAGCAGCCAGAGGUUCAGCAAAAGCACAUGAGCGUUUUUCUAAAGUAUACAGAUACGGGAUUGCAGACGAAAUAUUAUAUUUGAUGAGCGGGAGCAGUUUUGAUUGGGUGAAACAGGAAACGGAUGUGGCUCUUAGUUACCUUAUUGAGCUGAGAGACUCCGGAGAAUUCGGAUUUCUACUGCCAGCUUCACAAAUUAUUCCAAACAGUUUGGAAAUAAUGGAUGCACUCGUCGAAAUGGAUAGAGUAACUAGGCAAUUAGAAGUUGUAAAUUAUAAACAACAUAAAGUUUACAAAGUUACACCAAAAACUGAUAGUGAAGUACAAAUAUUGACAGAGUUAAAAGAUUCAAAUGAAUAUCUGUUUUGGCUUGAAUAUGUGAAAAAAGAUGUUGAUAUGAAAAUUAUGGUAGAUCCCGUCAAACAAUAUCAGUUCGAAAGCUUAAUGGCAGAUGUUGGAAUUAAAAGUGAGUUGGUUGUAAAGGAUGUACAAAGCCUCAUCGAAGAACAGUUGCAACGUCCAGCAAUGAGGAAUGCACAAGAUUAUAACUGGGAAUAUUAUCAGUCUUGGGAAGAGGUCGAGGAAUGGAUGGUCAAUAUGGUGGCACGCUACCCAAACGUGGCAUCAAUAGUAACAGCUGGAAGAAGCGCGGAAGGGCGAGACAUUCGAGGAGUCAAAAUAGACUUUAAGAAAAGGGAAAGACCAGUUAUCGGAAUGAUCGAGUCCACGCUUCAUGCGAGGGAGUGGAUCACAACAGCGACGGCGACUUGGAUGAUAAACGAACUUUUAACCAGUAGUGAUCCAGGCAUCAGAGAACUAGCAGAUAAUGUUGAAUGGCACAUUUUUCCAGUUACUAAUCCUGAUGGUUUUAUUUACACGUUCACAAAUAACCGAAUGUGGAGAAAAAAUCGUAGCACUGCCAGUUUCAAAAAUUGUACGCACAGGAAUGUUCCAGACGAUAUGAGCAAUGGCGUUGAUUUAAAUAGAAAUUUCGGCUUCCUUUGGAAUACCAUCGGAGCAUCAGAUGAUGCUUGCGAUAUAGUAUACGCUGGACCAACGGCGUUUUCUGAGCCAGAAACCAUGGCUAUAGUAAAUUACGUAAAAGGGUUGCAAAGGAGAGGCAACAUGGUGUAUUAUAUCUCGCUUCACUCCUAUUCUCAGAUGAUAUUGGUGCCUUACAGUCACGUUGGAGGUGCAGAUGUUGUAACUGUUCCUAAUUAUGGUGAUAUGUUCGAAAUUGCUACAAGAGCCGCAGUCAAACUUCAAGCCAGGCACAACACUACGUAUAGGGUUGGAACAUCACUGGAUAUUUUAUACCCAGUAACGGGCUCGGGCUUCGAUUGGGCCAAAGGUGGAGCAAAUGUCCCCAUAUCUCUGCUCUACGAACUUCGCGACGUUGGUGAAUUCGGUUUCCUCUUGCCAGCCAGAUUUAUCAGACCCAACAACGAGGAGUUCAUGGACUCAAUAGUAGAAAUUGAUAAAGUAACCCGCGCUUUGGGAUACUAUCACAUAAACUCUAGUAGUGUCUUGAAAAUAAGUAGUAUUUUAGUAUUCUUUGCUAUAUUUUUGCAAUUGUAA